UGUUGUUUGGAAAGUUUUGAAAUGGAGAUAAAGCGUUCUGGGUAGGUGCAGUAAAGGAAUGUGUAUGUACAGGAGAGGGGACGAUGCUGUAUCGGGGGAGACCCGGACUGGAUUCAAUGAAGAAUCGCAACAUUAGCUUCCCCGCUUGGAAAUUGAGUUUCAAUCUGUUUGUGACCGCAUUCUUCGGAUUUAAGAACGAAAAAAAAAAUCAAGACUUAAAAGUUUCCGUGAACUGAAAUGAGUGAACAUGACUGACGCCGUUAUUUGCUUCGUUCAGUAAUAGAAACACAAGGGGUUUUUUCUCUCUCUACCAAAGAUAAGACACAACAACGCUGGAGUAACUCAGCGGGACAGACAGACAGACAGCGUCUCCGGCGAGAGGGAACGGGUGACUUCUUUGUGUUGGGAGUGGGACCAUGAAGGGAGGAGACAGGGAGGGAGAUUUGUGGUCUGAGUUUUACUUCCAUGGAGUGUCGGGGGAGCUUGGAGUUUAGUGACAUCACGGAAAAGCCCUGUUCUGAUCAGAUCUGCUUAAUAUAAACCAGAAGAGAGAAGCAGAGAGAAUUAGAGCGAAUCGACGGCACAAUCACAGAGGAUUAGAUUUUAAAUCAACAACCCUAAACGUUGCAACUAGAAACAAACCAGAACGCCGGAGCUCACAGCAGGAGUAGGCGGAGGGGUGUCUGCGUGCGUGUGUGUGCGAGCCUGGAUUGGGAAGCAUGACUCUGAACGACUCUAGACGGCGCAGUAGCCCGUCGUUGCGGCCGGGGGCUGCCCAGCAGCGGUGGAGUGUCCCCGCGGACGGUCGGCAGCUGUGGAGCAGGGGCAGCGUGCUGCACAUGGUGCGCUCCAAGUCGUGCAUGGAUCCCCAGCAGCCCUACAGGGGGAGCUGGUCCUCCGAGUCCUCCGACUCUGCCACUUCCACUGACUCCAACAGCAGCCUCUACCGAGUGGUGGUGAUCGGCGAAGAGGGAGUCGGAAAGUCCACCCUGACCAGUAUAUUCGCUGGACUGCAGAAUAACCUGGACAAUUGGGACAUGUCAGGGGAAGACACCUAUGAACGAAUGAUUACAGUCGAUGGUGAGGGGACAACUCUUAUGGUAAUGGAUACAUGGGAAAACAAGGAUGAACAUAACUGGGUACGGGAUCACUGUCUGCAGAUAGGCGACGCCUAUCUUAUUGUCUACUCCAUCACGGACAGAGCAAGCUUUGAGAAAGCUUCCGAGCUUCGCAUUCAGCUCCGGAGAAUACGACAGGCCGAAGAUAUUCCGAUUAUAUUAGUCGGGAAUAAGUGUGACCUCGUGCGUUGUCGGGAGGUCUCCGUGGCAGAGGGGAGAUCUUGCGCUGUGGUCUUUGACUGCAAAUUCAUCGAGACCUCCGCCGCCGUGCAGCAUAACGUCCAGGAGCUGUUUGAAGGAAUCGUGCGACAAGUCCGGCUCAGGAGAGACACCAAAGAAGUGAUCGAGCAGAGAAUGGCCCAGUACAAAAGGAGAGAGAGCAUCCCCAGGAAAGCACGGCGAUUCCUGGACAGACUGGUCGCGAAAAACAACAAAAAGAUGGCUUAUAAAGUGCGGUCAAAAUCUUGCCAUGACCUUUCCGUGCUAUAAAAUGUAUCAGUUGCCGCAGAUGAAGCGGCGGCUGUUCCAUUGCCAAGCUAUUAUCGUGACGGUUUGGGUUUAUCAAUCUACAUUAGAUUGCGUACUUGGACUCAAUUGGACUUUCAGAUGUGUCUACUUUGACAGCACGACUACUGUGCUGGUGAAUUUCCCCCCCAUUGUCCGUCUAAGAAAGGUUUUCAAUAUGAUUUUAUGAUAUAGAGGCCCACAGUGUGUCAACCCAACUUUCCCACGCCGACCAACAUGCCCCAUCUACACUAGUCACACCUGCCUGUGUUUGGCUCAUAUCCCUCUAAACCUACCCUAUCCAUGUACCUGCCUAAUUGUUUCUGAAACAUUUUGAUGGUACCAGCCUCAAUUUCACUUGUGCAGCUUACAACCCAGUGGUAUGAAUCUAGAUUAAUUUCUCUAACUGUAAGUAACCCCUAUCUCUCUUCUAUCUCUGUUCGUCCGUCCCCCACCCAAGUCGCACCAGCUUCUUGUUCUCACCUAGCAAACAGCUAAGAAAGCUAAUGGCAUGUUGGCCUUCAAAACAAGAGGAUUUGAGUACAGGAGUA